GAGACACGCUCGUAAGUGUCAACCCAGUUGUUCACUCGCAGAAUACGUCACCUCGCCUAGAUAAUGUAUUAGAACGUUUCGAUUUUAGGGCAACCUUUUCCCAGAUAUAUAUUAAUCACCUUAUUAAUCCGGAGC